UGUUGUCUUGGACUGCAUUUUGAUUAAUUAUUUAAUGUUGUUUUUGUGGAUUAGUUAAUUAGGUAUUAAAUACUUGUUAAUGAGUUGGUUUCCUUUAUAAGGAGAGGUUCACAACCUAGUGUUAACAGUAGGUAACCAUGGUUAACCUAAAGGAGUCUGACGACCAGCCUGUAGUGCGCAACUGGAGGUACAGCCACCGUCCGCGCGUCGUGCAGCAGGAACCCAAAACCCUUCUCGAGUUAGAACUAUUGGUCCAAAAACAGAUCCUGCUGAUGAAAAAAUACGGUGAAACAAAUAGUAGUCAUGAGAGCAAGGUUAUGGAUCUGCUCAGAUGCCAAUACAACUUAAACUUUAUGAUAAUAUGUGAGAAAUGUGAAGGAACACACAAGAGCGACGAACUUGUUGCACCAGAGAGGUAA